AUGGGUCGUUUACUCAGUAAAUUUAGUGUAAUCAAAAUUUGCCGUUAUGCCAUUUCUAAGAUUUGUAUUUCAAUAGAUAAAGUUUUGAAUAUAUCAAACGUUAGUUUCAAAAUAUAUUUUACUUCAAUACAAAUUUUCAUAGUUUUAAACGUGCUAUAUCUAAUUAUAUACAAACAAAAUUCGUUCGAUUCAUUGGAUUUUUAUAACAAACUAUUGGACUCUGACGAUAGGAAAUAUAUCUCCUUCGGGCCGUGCGCAUUUGAUGGGAGAAGGACUGGCAACUUGUUGUUCACGUUGGCCGGUCUGUGGUUCGUGGCUGAGAAGACAAAUCGCACACCUGUCCUCCCCAUGGAUCUCACUGACGAUUGGAUAGAAUUCAAGAAAUAUUUUAAGGAACUGUCAGUACUGCGGUUUCCAAACAAAGUCCUGUAUGACCCAGGAAGAAGUGUUAGUGUCGAAGAAAGGUACGGUCCUUUUGGUUAUGAUCCAUUAUUUGAAAAUUUGCACGAUAACUCUACUAUAAAAAAUACUCAGAUACUUCUUCUCUGUGGUUAUUUCCAAAAUUACAAAUACGUGGAGAACGUUGAAUACCAUCUGCGGGAUAAAUAUUCAUUCAAAGAAAAAUAUAAGUGGAAGGUUAAACAAUUUUUUAGAAAUCAUAAAAUGGAAAUACGUCGCAAAUUUGGAAAAAAGACGAUAAAAACCGUGGGUUUGCACGUUCGCCGCGGAGAUUUUCUAAUUUCAUACAACAGGGAGCAAGGUCUCACCGUCGUCGAUGAACAUUACAUCAACUCCACUGUUCGUUAUUUCUACAACCUCAUGAACAAGAAAGGAAAAGUUUUUAUUAUAUACUUUGUCGUUAGUGAAGACUUGGACUGGGUCAGUUCUACAAUAAGAGUCUUGAAUCUUGGCAAACUGCACAACGUUGUUUUCAUCCCGUCCGUGAAUCACGAGGGUCUCUUCGACAUGUGUUUGGUGUCCAUGUGUGAUGGAGUCAUCAUGUCGACUGGCACGUUCUCUUGGUGGGCUGCUUGGCUAGCCAACACGACGACUCUUUAUUAUAAAAAUUAUCCCAAAAAAGAUUCACCGAUAGCUCUGGGUUUUGAAAUUGAGACUUACUACAAACCAGAAUGGAUAGGAUUUUCUUGA